GCGCUUCGUUAGAAUUAUGUUACCAUCAGUACUCUUCAGUCCAAAGGUUUCCAGUAUUAACGGGUGGUGUGGAUUCCUUACGUUUUUGACACUUCUCAUUGCAUGGGUUGUCGGUUUUUCAAUUCGACUAUUCUCAGUCAUACGAUUUGAAAGCGUGAUCCAUGAAUUUGACCCAUGGUUCAACUACCGUGCGACGAAACAAAUGGUGGAAAAUAGCUUUGAGUCAUUUUACAACUGGUUUGAUGGCACUGCGUGGUACCCGCUUGGGCGUAUAGUCGGUGGCACCGUAUAUCCAGGAUUGAUGAUAACAUCAGGUUCGUUAUGUCCACAGGUUCGUCGUAAUAAUUAUAGGUUUCAUUCACUUUCUGGCUCACCUUCUUAAUAUCCCGAUCCACAUCCGAGAGGUCUGUGUAUUUCUCGCGCCGUUUUUCAGUGGUAUGACUGCAGUGGCCACGUAUUUCUUCACGAAGGAAAUCUGGAGUAGAGGUGCGGGACUUCUGGCAGCCUGCUUCAUUGCGAUGGGUAAAUACCAGCUCCUAAUGAUUCUCAUUUUAUAGCCCCUGGGUAUAUCAGCAGAUCCUCUGCAGGAAGUUAUGAUAAUGAAGGCAUUGCCAUAUUUGCUCUCAUGUUUACCUAUUACCUAUGGAUUAAGUCCAUAAAGUCGGGGUCUGUCUUCUGGUCUGCCUCCUGCGCAGUCUCAUACUUCUAUAUGGUUUCUGCAUGGGGGGGUUACGUGUUUAUUAUCAAUCUUAUUCCGCUGCAUGUGUUCGUCUUGCUCUUGAUGAAUCGAUAUUCGGCAAAGAUCUACGUUUCGUACACAUGCUUCUUCACUCUGGGAUUGAUCAUGUCCAUGCAAGUCCCAUUCGUUGGGUUCCAGCCCCUCAGGACUAGUGAACACAUGGCUUCGCUAGGUGUCUUCGCCCUCCUGCAGGCCGUUGCGUUCUUCAAAUAUUUGCAAGAUCGUAUACCAUCGAAUAAGUUAAAGCAGCUGUUCACUGUAGGGGCCGUUGGCUUCGCCGGAUUAGUUUUUCUGACUGUUGUGGGCCUCACGUAUGCUGGAGUAAUCGCACCAUGGAGUGGACGAUUCUAUUCUUUGUGGGAUACAACCUAUGCGAAGAUACACAUCCCGAUCAUCACAUCCGUGUCCGAACAUCAACCGACGUCUUGGUGUUCAUUUUUCUUUGACAUGCACAUAUUGCUGCUCGCAUUUCCAGCCGGGGUAUGGCUUUGCUUCCAGGAUACAACGAACGAACGAGUUUUUGUCAUUCUCUACGCCAUGUUUGCAUCCUACUUCGCUGGUGUCAUGGUUCGACUCAUUCUCACCUUAACGCCAAUUGUUUGUGUCUUCGCUGGCAUUUCAUUCUCACGAAUUUUCGAAAUACUCCUGGAUGAGGAUGAGAGUUCAACUGGCACACGAUCUCCAACUGAAGCAAAGAUUGCACGCACUGAGAAGCAUUUGUACGAUAAACCCAGCAAGACCAUCCGCCAGACGGCCUCCGCAAACGGAGCAAAGGCUUGUCCUGCUCCUAAAACUCAACAGGAUUCCACUCCGAAAAAUGGAAGCUCAAGCUACCGUCCGGUCGUGUGCAUCCUCGUCAUUUUCAUGCUCUAUCUGUUUGUGUCACACUGCGUUUGGGUGUCGUCCUACGCCUACUCCAGCCCUUCCAUUGUGCUGGCUUCCUACGGCAAAGAUGGCUCACGCUUUAUUUUGGAUGACUUCAGGGAGGCCUAUUUCUGGUUGUGGCAAAACACUAAACCAGAUGCCCGAGUCAUGUCAUGGUGGGACUACGGCUAUCAAAUAGCCGGUAUGGCGAAUCGGACAACUUUAGUAGACAACAACACCUGGAACAAUAGUCAUAUUGCCCUCGUGGGCAAAGCCAUGGCCUCAAAUGAAUCGGAAGCCUACAAAACUAUUCAAAGCUUGGACGUGGACUAUGUUUUGGUAAUAUUUGGCGGUUAUACCGGUUAUAGUGGCGAUGAUAUUAAUAAGUUCCUGUGGAUGGUGCGUAUUGGAGGCGGAGAGCACCCGGAGGAAAUACAAGAACGGAAUUACCUUACGGAUCGAGGUGAAUAUCGAGUUGAUAAGUCUGCGUCGGACACCAUGCUGAACUGUCUCAUGUACAAACUCAGCUACUACCGGUUUGGCGAGGUCCGGUUAGACAUGCAUCGUCCACCCGGUUUCGACCGGGCUCGUGGUGUAGAAAUUGGCAAAAAGCACAUAACGCUAGACUAUUUGGAGGAGGCUUUCACAUCGGAACACUGGAUCGUACGUAUCUACCGUGUCAAACCCCCACAGAAUGUACCCCACCUAAAAGGUACCCGUCGCCGCGUUCGGACACGCCAGUCUGCCACAACAGAGGCAAACAACCGUGGUACCCUGAAAUCAUCCUCGCGUAUUGUCCGAGGAGGACGCUCGUAACUACGGUUAGUCCAGCGAAGAUGUCGGAGCGCUUUGCAUUGUUCGUCUUUCUCUGAUGUUUUGCCGUUCAAGUCCACCAGUCCUGUAAACCGCCAAACUGUAUCGCAACCCCAAUGCCUGUUCACAAGUCUUCUGGAUCUUAUACCUAGUACGCCUGCACCAAUGGGCUCCACGUUCCAAAUGUCUAGGCUUCACAGUUGUUGUCAUAACUUUCCUAAUAAAUUUUGUAUUUACAUUGUCUACCAUGUCUGUGUUCUCCGAUGUCAUGUCACCC